CAGCUUAGUCACCUACAUAUUACCUGCAUUCACAAGCCAAUAGCCAAUGGAAUCCACUCUGAAGUGAGAAAUAGGAAGCUGAGCGAACACAGCCUUGCAUUAUCAGAAAGACUUCAAAGUUUAUAUCUGUGAAGAGCAUUCCAAGAUGACUCAAAGCCAAAACUGAGAAAAGCUCGAGGAUAGCGAAGGAAUUGAAGAGACAUUGAAAGUGUUAGAAGAGUGUAUCAAGAACUUCUCAGUUUCAGCAGAAUCUGAAGAUAAAAAGGAAGAUUUAGCUAAUAAUAAAGAAUUCAUUGAUUCCUUCAAGGAAAAGCUGACUCAGAUAUCUACAAAUUUCAACUGAGAGAGGGAGAACCAAAACUUUCAUCAGUACUCCAGCAUCCGUAAAGAAGUAGCAAGUGUAGCUAAAGAGCUCAAGGAGAAUCCCUUCUUUCAAAAAUUCUGCAUUCACAGCUAUAUAAGUUUGAUGUGAGAUUAUCUAUCUUUUGAUAAAGCCAAGGUUGAGAACAUCACUGAUAGCGUAUAUGAACAAGAAGAGGACCCAAUCGAACCUCAAGAACUACUUCCUGUGCAUCCUCAGCCAGAGUACCAACAACAAAGUACACUAGAAGAUGAGCUACAAACUUUGAAGCUAAGAUUUGAUCAAUUUAAAACUAAGGCUCUGACAAUGAUCAACCUACGCUCACACAAUGACCUAGAAGAGUCCUAUGAGUUAAUCACAGGUCAGAAGUUGCAGAUUGAAGCAGACAAAAGGAUAUCAUUUGAUUGAUCUUCAGAGGAAAAUACUAAAUUUAUGGAAUCAAUAUCUGAUCGUGUUCUUCCAGACUAUCCUUGUCUUCGAAUAGAUCGUAUUAAUGCAGACUUCAGGCUUAUGAAGCAAUUUGUAAUAUCAUCAUUCCCUCAGAGAGUUGAGAGACUUGACUUUAACACUAAUGGGAUAAUGAGCAAUGCAGAUGACAUAUUAGAUAUCUAUUCUCACAUAAGUUCAAGAGUCACUCAACAAAUAUAUCUUUAUAACUUUGAGGUUAGUGAACAUUCUAUGAAGAUACUGUUGAAUACUUCCAGAUUGAACCAGAACAUUUUGGGAUUCAUUUAUUGAAAAAUUGACCUUGAUACAGUUCCAAAUUUUAAGCAUUCCUUAAAUUCAUCAAAGAUAAAGACUCUGAAUUUUGCUUAUUGAGGUGAGCCUGAGUAUUGUGAUUGGAAAAAUUAUCCUGAAAGAUUUUCAAAUUUAAUCCAAGGCCUAUCCCAAAGCGAACGAUGAAGAUAUACUCUUAAAGAUAUUCAUCUCAAGAAAUGAGGUUUAUCGAAAGACUCUGUCAGGAAAGUCUUGGAUACAAAUGGGUUUAACAAAACAAACAUUUUAAAUCACUCAAUUUAAUUCCAUAAUUUCAAUCAACCCUUCCUUCUCUUCCAAAUCUUCUAUCUCUCCUUCCAAAAUCCCUCUCCCAUCUACCAAUUUUCAACUGAGCCUUCUCAAAAUCCAAAAUCUCAAUAAACCCAAGCCUGGCCAAGCCAAGAGAGCCACACACAACCUGCACAACCUGGCCUGACCCAUCAGCUAGCUGAGCUACUAAGAAGACUUAUCACUCUAAGACUCUA